AAUUGGACGGAACGGACAGAUCCACAGAAAUUCGUGUAUGAAGAUUGCGCCAUUGCAUCUUACCUGCUAUCGUUUUGGCGGAAGAAUGAUCUUUUGCCGCUCCGUUUUUGCGAUGUUGGUUGUGGCAAUGGUUUGCUUGUGCAUCUUCUGAAACAGAAUGGCGUAAGUGAAGUUUAUAUUCUGUGGCCAGUACGCUGCACUAAGCAGGACACUAUUUUCGCUUUGCUGCCAGUGACUGGAUGCCUUCAAUGCCUUUACAUGUGUUACUCGCAGGAAGGAAAAUGGCCGAUUGCAGACUUUGAUGUGGUAUUGAACAAUCGAUGUGAAAAGGGGUUAGUACCAAUAGACUCCAAAGCGGAAGGUCGGACAUAA